GGUAGCAGUACUCUGUCAACAAAUGAGGCCAAGUCUGUUGGCAGGCUAGAUUCUUUGUUUUUUCAUUGAAAAAUGGAUGAAGAUGACGGAAGAAAAAGGAAGCGGUAUAGAGAUUUAUCUGAAGAUGAGAAAAAGAAGCACAUUAGUUCUGCCCUCACAGGACUGCAUUAUUUUCUCCAGAAGAUAAGUUCUCCUGUGAAGAAGAAGAAAAUGGAAAAAUCACUGGAAACACCGAAUUGGACUCCAUCGUUUCAAAAUUACGAAGAUUUUAUCCAGAAGACACUCCAAUCAUUGGAUGGAUUUAUGCUAAUAGUGAGCAUAGAUGGAAUAAUAGUUUCCGUGGCCCCUCGCAUCACUUCACUUCUUGGCCAUUUACCUAAUGACAUCGUGGGUAAAAGCUUCUUAAGCCUUCUGCCUGAUGACGAGAAAAGUGAAAUAUUUUCAAAGAUGACUUUCAAAUCUGCUGUAUCGAAUUCAGUGGGAAAGCAUAUUGACUUUUGCUGUCAUUUCAAAAGAGGAGAAGCUGAAUCAGAUAACACCUCUGCUUAUGAAUAUGUUAAAGUCAUCCUGACUCUGAAAGAUGUUUCUUAUGAGCAUCCUGCACUGUUCCACAGCUUCUCCACACCUGUCUGUGGGCCAUCUACUGUAAAUCUUCCUUUGGAUGAUGCAUUUUACCUAGUGGGGACCAUUUGUGUCCUUAGGGCUCAUACUCUACAGGGCUUUUUCCGUACAAAUGAGCCUAGUCCAUUGGUCCCAAAUUUGAAUGAGGAUGAGCUAUCUGAGGAUCACAGGAGUAAUCAAGAGGAAACAGGACGUUUUGGAAUGGAAUCCUCAGAAUUUGAAAUUACUGAUGUAGAAGAACCAGAAAAUACCACAGAGACUGAACUUUCUGAAUCAUCAGAUUCUACGGACUCCUUUAAUGUAAAUCCUAAUAUGUCUGAUGACUUCAACACAGUGUCUCUCUUGCCAAGCCUAUCUGCAUCGCCUGAAAUGUACUCGAGGCAGAGCUUUGAAUCAGAACCUGAGAUGGGACAUGUGACUCAUGUGUAUGAGUUGAAGCAUGUACACAAGGUGAGUGUUAUGGAUGAUACUGAAGAGUCAGACAAGAAUGUCCAUGAGAACCAUGAAUAUCAAGAAGAUGAAGAAAACCAUGAGGAAGUCCAAGAAAACUGGACUGGUCAAGAAAACAAGGACCAAGAAGACGAGAAGGGCCAGAAAGAACAAGAGUAUCAGCCCCUACAGCUGUCACCGCACAUCACCUCAUACCUCAAGAGACAGGAAGAGGAAAUGAUGAAGAAAUUCCAGGAACAGCUGAAUGAGAAAACACAACUACUGAAAACUGAACUAAAAAACCAGAGGAGCUCCCUAGAAACUUUGAAGAAGCAGCUCCAAGAGAGGAACAAUUCCAAGCCACAGGCACUGCCAUCCAUCUUAGGCCGUGUUCUUAGUCCUGAUUUGUUGGAGCCAACACCCAAGAAACCACACUCUGAGGCAAUGAAGAGUCCCUUCUCCGAUAUUUCGGAGGCCACAUCUGUCAGUGGUUCAUGUUUACCACGUUCUUCUCAGAUCCACGAGGAGCUUCAGCAGACUUUUGACACAUUUUCCAAGGUGCCCAUUCAGGAGGAGGUGAACCAAGAGCAGCAGCAGCAGGAACAGCAACAGCAGCUGCUGCUGCUGCCCGAGCAGCCACAACAGUGUAAUACCACCAGAGAAAACCAAGCAAUGCAAGUAUUUGUGCCAAACCAACCUAGUUUCUCUAUGUUGCGCUACAAUGAUGGUUUCAUGCCCCUACCCCUACCCCUAUGA